CCACCUCCAGUCAGACAGCAGGAUGUCCAGUUUGGACGUGCUAGCCAGUCCCGGCGGCGUGGACGUGUCCUCCUCUCCCAAAUCACCACUGGCUAAAAGCCAACAUCCUGACAAGGACUCCAAACCAGUAACCAAACAGAACCCUGCCUCCCCUCCCCUCCAUGGUCUGAAGCUGGCUCCCCACAGGGAGCUGGAGCAGGCGCAGCAGAGAGGCAGGCUGAAGUGUUCUAGCUGCGGAGGCUCCCGGAUGUUCUUCUGCUACACCUGCUGCUCUUUAGUGGGCGUCAGCCAGCAGGAAAUCCCCUCCGUCAAGCUCCCUAUAAAGAUUGACAUCAUCAAGCAUCCCAGUGAGGUUGAUGGGAAGAGCACAGCCAUACACGCCAAGAUCCUCGCCCCUGAUGAUGUCACCAUCUACACCUACCCCUGCAUACCUGAGUAUGAAGAUGACACAGACAAAGUAGUGCUGGUGUUCCCUGGUCCUGGAUCAGUUUCAGUGGAGGAGAUGACAUGGAGAUUACAGAACCUGGCUGACAUGAAAUCAGCUGCCUCCCCAGAUGAGGAACCGUCCCCAAAGAGGCCCAGAGCCGAGGAGCCGCCAGGGGCCACACAGCAGGCUGAGGGACAGACAUCAGGAGCCACACACACAGAAGAGAGGGGAGGGGAAGCAGGGAUAGAGGGCCAGACUGAGACACCAGGGGCCUGUCCCCUCCAGAGAGUGGUGUUUAUCGAUAGCACAUGGAACCAGACCACCAGAAUCAUCACAGAUGAGAGGCUACAGGCGUUGCUCCGUGUGGAGCUGAAGACCAGGAAGACGUGUUUCUGGCGCCAUCAGAAAGGUUCUCCAGACACCUAUCUGGCAACCAUAGAGGCUGUCUACUACUUCCUCAAGGACUACCAGGAGCUGUGUCUGAGACAGGAGUACACAGGACAGUACGACAACCUGAUGUACUUCUACUGUUACCUACACACACUGAUCAACAAGGCUAAGACAACCGCUGGGAGACGCUGAGGCUGCAGGGAGGAGAGAGAGGCCAAAACUACCGCUGGGAGACGCUGAGACUGCAGGGAGGAGAGAGAGGCCAAAACUACCGCUGGGAGACGCUGAGGCUGCAGGGAGGAGAGAGGCCAAAACUACCGCUGGGAGAUGCUGAGAGACACACAAUCACCACCAAGGCCUCCAAAAAUAGCUGACAAACUGUCUUACUAACCAGUUUUUCAUCCAGCCUUUUCAUACGAGUAAAGUACGUCACUCACCUGCCAGUCAGGUAACCUUGUCAUCUUAGUUUUGCUCUUGCACUUUGAGUUUUUUGAUUUUGGAAUUUGGCAAAAGAUUUGGCGCGCUCCACAUAGAGAUAUAAUAUAAAUGUUGUAACUUUCCAAAUGUCGAUAAAACAAAAUACGCUAUACAAGGCAGUGGCGACCCAUCAUUCAGGGCAGGUGGCUUGCCGGUCUCCCCCCUUAUGCCGUAGUUUGUACAUCUCAAUUGUCAGUAGAAACCACAUUUGUUUAAGCAAGUCAGCCAUGUUUUUUUAAAAGGCAGUAAAUGAAGCUGAAAGAAGUGUUUCCCUGCCAGACAAGGCUCUGCUGAUAGCCAGGUGUAGCUUGUUAUGGGACAGCUUUAUGUCGGCCCUAACAGGUUGUGGGCACCGCUUGUCACCGUUAUAGUGCUAUUAAUGUAUUGUGUUGUGUAGUGACUUUGCUGGCAUGCAUCCCACUUUUUAUUCUCACCAAGAUUUACAUGCUAAAAUCGCUGAGACAAGGUAGGAUCUUUUUGUGUCUAAAAUGUCUAAUGCAAGAAAUGGCGGUGGAAACGCUUUUCUACACUAAUAUUGAGAUAGACAUCAUACAUCUAAGUAAAUUUAAGUCACACGAUGACAUUUUGUGUGGUCCUCCCACUACGACUUAGGCUACAGAUUAAAUAUGUUAACUUUACAGGGUGGUGAAGGUACAAGGUGAUGAGCUUGAUGUGCCUUUCCAAUAAAUAUCCAGGGUCUUAUUCUGGUGACAUGA